AUGAACAAUCCCAGCCUGAACGCAGCCUUAAAAUGGGGCAUCGAGAACUCCCAGGUCUCGCAGGGUAUCGAUGGCCCAAAGACGCAGCUUGACCACGAAGCCAUCAUGGCCUUGUUCGGAGGAAACAUGAGAUCAGAUGCGGAUUUCAUGCGCGACAGCAUGGAAGUCAUUAAGAAUGAGGAGGCGGUGUUGACGAACAGAGUCCAAGCCUUCCAGAACUUCGAGUCGCUCAUCCAGAACCUCGACAACGCGAAUAACAUCGAGGCGCUGCACCUUUGGACAGACUUGGUGAAGCAAUUGGAUAGUAAAUACGCCGAUAUGAGGGAGUAUGCCGCAUGGUCUUGCAGUACCGCUGUCCAGAAUAAUAUCAAAACCCAAGAACGACUUUUGAUUGUCGGCGCUAUUCCCGUCCUCGUACGCCUAGCAAUCACGGAUGUCGAACGGAAAGUCCGGAAGAAAGCCAUUAGCGCCCUCUCGUCCUGUGCCAGGAACUUCCAACCCGGCCUUGAUGAAGUCAUAUCGCAUAUGCCAGCCGAGUUCAAGCCUAAAGAGAAGCUUGAUGCCAACGAUAUGGCCUCUGUGGAUGUCCUGAUCAGCAAGCUACGUGGAAGCAUAUAA